AUGAGCGGGAACGACGUCGAGAAGACGGAUCUCGGCUACGAUGCCUCUGCAGCUCCCACCAAGGACAUUGGCGUCGGCGAGGAUCGUCACAUUCGCGGUCUCGAGACCAGCGCUGAGACGUCGCUGCACCGAGGUCUCAAGGCCCGUCACAUCACCAUGAUUGCCAUUGGUGGUGCGAUCGGUACUGGUCUUAUCAUCGGCACUGGCAAGGCCCUGGCGCAAGCUGGUCCUGGCUCUGUCUUUAUCUGUUAUACGGUCGUUGGUUUCGUCGUCUUCCUCGUCAUGGCUGCGCUUGGUGAGAUGGCUGCUUGGCUCCCCAUGUCUGCUGGUUUCACUGGUUAUGCUUCUCGAUUCUGUGACCCUUCUCUUGGUUUUGCGCUUGGUUGGACUUACUGGUUCAAAUACAUCAUCGUUACGCCUAAUCAACUCACUGCUGCUGCGUUGGUCAUUCAAUACUGGGUUGAUCGAGACAAGGUCAAUCCAGGUGUCUUUAUCACCAUAUUUCUAAUCACCAUCGUCGUCAUCAACUAUUUCGGCAUUCGAUUCUUUGGUGAACUCGAGUUCUGGCUUUCCUCGUUCAAGGUCAUCGUCAUCAUUGGAAUCAUCCUCUUCUCUCUGGUUCUCGCUCUUGGCGGUGGUCCUGACCAUGAUCGAAAGGGUUUCCGAUACUGGAGCAACCCUGGCGCCUUCAAGCCGUAUAUCAUGACUGGCGACGCUGGACGAUUCCUCGGCUUCUGGUCCUGCAUGGUCAACGCUACCUUUGCCUACCUCGGAACUGAGCUCGUCGGUGUAACAGUCGCUGAGGCUCAGAACCCUCGCAAGACCGUGCCCCGCGCCAUCAAGCUCACCUUCUACCGAAUCCUCUUCUUCUACUGUCUCUCCGUCCUCCUCGUCGGAAUGAUCGUCCCCUACAACUCUCCGGAGCUUGCCUUUGCCACCAAGGCCCAGGCCGGUGCUUCUGCCUCUCCCUUCGUCGUCGCUGCCGAUAUCGCUGGUGUCAAGGUCCUCCCUCACAUCGUCAACGCUUGUAUCUGCGUCUUCGUCUUCUCCGCCUCCAACUCUGAUCUGUACAUUGCCAGCCGUACCCUCUACGGUCUUGCUUCCGACGGUGCGGCCCCUGCUAUCUUCAAGAAGACUGACAAGCACGGUGUUCCCAUCUACGCCCUCGCCAUGUCUGCUUCGUUCUGUCUCCUGGCCUACAUGAACGUUGCCGACGACUCGACCAAGGUUUUCGGUUACUUUGUCAACCUCACCACCAUCUUCGGUCUCAUGUCCUGGAUCUCUAUCCUCACAACCCACAUCUGGUGGUGCCGCGCCAAGAAGGCUCAAGGUCUUGCCAACGAAGCUCUUCCAUACGUCGCCCCCUUCGGCAUGUGGGGAUCCAUCGCUGCUCUCGCCAUGUGCAUUCUCAUCGCCCUCACCAAGAACUACGACGUUUUCGUCAGGGAUGCCGACACCGGCAAGAUCUUUGGCGGUGAGAAGUACAAGACCUUCAUCACUGGUUACCUUGGUAUUCCCGUGUACCUGAUCCUCAUCUUUGGCCACAAGUUCAUCACCAAGUCUCGCGGAGUCAAGCCCCAUGAGGCCGACUUCUACACCGGAAAGGAUGUCAUUGAUCGUGAGGAGGAGGAGUUCCUGGCUGCUCAGGCCGCUAAGCGCGAGGCCGAGGGUCCCAACCGUGGAGGAUGGUUCUACAAGACUUUUGUCUCUUGGUUGUUCUAG